ACAGACAAGGGAGAAAAGCACCACAGCUUCACCCAGGGUGGCUCUCACCUGCCCACAGGCUGCAUCCUACUACUGCAACAAGCUGGGGUUCGAGGAGCUGGCGUACCGGGGCCUGGAGACCGGCAGCAGGGAGGUGGUCUCACAUGUCAUCAAGCAGGACAGGAUCGUGUUUGUUCUCUCAUCUGCUCUCAACCCAGGGAAUGAGGAGAUGGGGGAGCACCUGGUGAAGCACGGUGAUGGGGUGAAGGACGUUGCCUUUGAAGUGGAGGACUGUGACUUCAUCGUACAGAAAGCCAAGGAGCGUGGAGCUGUGGUGGUGAAGGAGCCCUGGGUGGAGGAGGACAAAUUUGGGAGGGUGAAGUUCGCGGUGAUCCAGACGUAUGGUGACACCACCCACACCUUGAUAGAAAAGCUCAACUACAAGGGCCUCUUCCUACCAGGGUACCACCCACCCCUCUUCAAGGACCCCCUUCUGCCAAAGCUACCGAGUACCAAGCUCAGCUUUGUUGAUCACGUUGUGGGGAACCAGCCCGACCUCCAGAUGGUCCCAGUGGCAGACUGGUACCAGAAGAACCUGCUGUUCCACCGCUUCUGGUCAGUAGAUGACAAGCAGCUGCACACUGAGUUCAGUGCCCUGCGCUCCAUCGUGGUCACCAACUACGAAGAGACCAUUAAGAUGCCCAUCAAUGAGCCAGCACCUGGCAAGAAGAAAUCCCAGAUCCAGGAAUAUAUCGACUACUAUGGCGGGGCUGGAGUGCAGCACAUCGCGCUGAACACCUCGGACAUCAUCUCAGCAAUCACCAACCUGAAGCAGAGGGGCCUGCAGUUCAUGGACGUGCCAUCCAAAUACUACCAGGUGCUGCGGGAGAGGCUGAAAACUGCCAAAAUCAAAGUGAAGGAGAACAUUGACAAGCUGGCGGAACUGAAAAUCCUGGUGGAUUUUGAUGAAAAAGGCUACUUGCUCCAGAUCUUCACCAAACCAGUUCAGGACAGACCCACGGUCUUUCUGGAGGUCAUCCAGAGGUAUAACCACCAGGGCUUUGGUGCUGGGAACUUCAAGUCUCUGUUUGAAGCAAUAGAAAUAGACCAAGAUGCAAGAGGAAACCUGACGGUCCUGGAGCCCAACGGGGAGACCAGGCGCAUCUAG